CCAUUGUUUAGUGAUUUUUAUUGCGUCACGCAACACCGCGAAAAAAACGAUAUUGGAGAACAAAAGGUUCUGAAAAUAAUGUGGAUAUCGGAGUGAUUUCAAAAAAUUUGUGUUGUUUAAAACUCUAACAGUACUUAAAGAUGUCAGCCACGUUUGCUCAAAGAGGAAGCAACCGUCAACCGCCGAAUCCACAACAAAUACAAAAACUAUUGGAUGAAAAUGGACAUUUGAUUCAAACUAUACAAGAUUAUCAAUCUAAGGGAAAAGCUCAAGAAGUAAUGCAAUAUCAGACUCAGCUACAUAGGAAUUUAGUAUAUUUAGCCACUAUAGCUGAUUCAGCACAAAAUGUUCAGGCUUUAUUGCCAAUGAUUCAGCCACCUCAAGUAGGACCACCAGGUCCAAAUGCCGGUCCUCCACCUCCUCACAACCAACCCCCCACAUCUGAUCAACCACCCCACAUGAACAACUUUAACCAUCAGCAGCAACCUCCAGGUCCCUAUAGACAGGGUCCUCAGGGUCCGCAACGGCCUGCAGGGCCAGGUCCUCAUCCUUACCCUCAAAGGGGAUACCCGCAGGGACAAUACCCCAAUCAAUACCCUCCUCAACAGGGCCAAUAUCCGCCCAACCAGCAGUAUCCGCCGCCGAACCAACCUCCAGGCUAUCCUGCUAACACGCAGGCGAACUACGGGCAACCGCCUGCGACGACCGCUCAUAAUAAUUAUCAAAAUGCAGGCGGUUACGGCACGCCGCCGGCCAGCGGGGCCGCGCCGCCACCGAACCAACCUUAUCCGCCGCCGGCAGCACCGCCGCAAGGACAACCUGGCUCUUACGGGCCGCCGCCCAAUGGCGCACCGUACCCUCCGAGCAAUCAACCGCCACAAAAUUAUCCGCCCCAGCAAGGAUAUCCUCCUCAACAAGGUUAUCCGCCUCCGCCGGCAAGUCAGCCCCAAACAACUCCAGCAUACUCAAACCCGCCGGCAUCGGCCCCCCAAAACUACGGCACUAACAACGCUCAAUCCCCUCCGUUCUCUGCACCUCCCAGCAACAGCCCCAGUCCGACUGUGACAUCAGCUCCUCCCACCUCCCAACCCUAUCAAUCUCCCUAUACCCCCAACACACAGCCGUCUAAUCCAGGCUAUACUUCACCACCCAAUCAAGGAUAUCCUCCAAACGGACCUCCGAACAACUACGGCUACCCCCCGCAAGGAGGUUAUCCUCCACAACAGUAUGCGCAGCAGCCCCAGGGCUAUCCAGGCCAGUAUCCUAGGCCCCCGCCGGCCGGCCAAGGUCCGCCACCUCCACAAGGUCAAUAUGGAUAUGGAAACUAUCCACCACAACCCAACCCUCAGUAGAUCAUGUGCGUUUAAAUUCAUUUAGGUUUGUUUGAUGAUUUUGUGUAAAUAAAGUGUCAUUUUUCAAGUCUUUACAGUACAUUUGACAAUUUUAAUGCUAUUUUAAUUUUGGACUUUACACAUGGAAAAUUGAAAUUUGUCAAAACUACUAUCAAGGCUUUUUAGUUUUAUACCUAUAGUACAACGAAAAACUUGAUAAAGCUACUUUUAAAAACCAGUAUUAAAACCGGUAUAUUUUCCUUAAGACGUUAAAGCCCUACGUGUUUUUAAAUGCUUCAUUAAACUGUUAGAUUUACUUUAAGUUAAAUAAAUUAAAUGGAAGUGUUAGAUAUAUUUAAUAUAUUCAUCACAAUACCUAUUUUUGACUGAUGAUGUGCUAAAUGUAUAUUAAAACUUAUUUUGUUCAUUAAUUUGUGGUGUAUAUGUUUUUUAUUUUUAUAUUAUAAUAAUAUUAUGUUAAUAAAUUGGUGGACAUACAAA